AUGACCGAAGCAAAGCAACUCAACAUCGCCGUCGUGGGACUUGGUCGAAUGGGCAAACGCCAUGUUCACACCCUGAUCAACCGUGUCGCACGCGCUCGGGUCGUUGCCGUGUGCAGCACCGAGCCUCGUGAGAUCCAAUGGGCAACCGACAACACCGAAUACAAAGAGUUUGGUAUCGCCGUCUACGAUGCCUACGACAAGAUGCUCCAACACGCCGGUCUAGACGCUGUGUGGAUCUCUACUUCGACCGAUGUCCAUGCCAGCCAGACACUGGCUGCCGUGAGCAAGAGCAUACAUGUUCUUUGCGAGAAGCCCCUGAGCACAGAAUUGGAAGAAGCACAAUCAGUCGUCGAUGCUGCAAAGAAGCAUCCAGAGCUCAAGGUUAUGGCCGGUUUCAGCAGAAGAUUCGAUGCUUCCUACCGCGAUGCCGCCAUCAAAGUCCUGGACCAAGGUGCAAUAGGCCAGCCCUUCCUCGUGCGAUCCAACACCUGCGACCUCCGCGACACCACAGGCUUUUUCGUAAAGUAUGCGUCACGCAACGGUGGCAUCUUCGUCGACUGUGCGAUCCACGACAUUGACCUCUCCCUCUGGUAUCUUGCAGACCCAGUCCCCAAGGCAUGCUGGGCCACAGGCACUCUGAAGCACCACCCCGAGCUAGCUCAGUACGGCGAUGUCGAUAACGCGGUUGGUGUCGUCGAGUUCUACGGCGGAAAGAUGGCAUACUUCUACUGCUCGAGAACCCAGGCUCAUGGACACGAUGUCUGUACUGAGAUCACCGGAACCGAAGGCAAGAUCAUGGUCAAUGUUGUGCCUGCACAGAAUAAUGUUGUUCUAGCAGAUAAGCUUGGGAUGCGACAUGAGGUCCAGCCGGAAUACUGGCAAAGGUUCGAGGAUGCCUUUGCACUCGAGGCCAAUGAAUUUGUCAAUGCGGUGCUGAAGGAUGAGCCUGUCCCCUUGCCGCUUGAGAAGGGAAUCCGAGUUAUGGAGAUUGGUAGGGCGCUGCAGGACGCACUGAGCUCUGGAAAUGUGUCCAGAUUUGAUGAGCAGGUACAAUUUGAUACACAAGGAACCGAAAGUGCAAAAACGAGAGACUCUGGUAUUAUAAACGACGUGCGUGCGGAAACAUCGAGAUCCUUUGAACUCGGCCGCUCAGCAGAUGCAGAGUCGAUCAUGGGCGACGACAUGUGUUCAGGCCAUCAAAUACGUCCUCCGAAACGAUCCAGAUGUCACGCUGACAACAUCGAUGACUCUAACGAUGUCAACGAUGCUGAAGAAGCUGCUGUCGUAGCGACUGGCUCAAGUGCCAGCGUGCAUUACAGUAUGGCUCUGCAGAUGAUCUCUACCGUAACAGCGGAAGAGUCUGAGGAAUUAGACGUUCAUUCGCCACUACCUGGUACUCAGUUUGGUCCACACGAGCCCAGUGCUUCAAGUCUUUCUCCUGCAACCACGUUCGACAGCAAUAACAUCAACACACCAGCACAAUUCGUUGGCAUCUCAAUUGAACCGCUUUCCGAUGUUCUCGAGGCGUGUCUUCUCCGCUACUACAUCGAAGAGAUAGCACAACUGGUAUGCUUGUCUGAACUGAUCGCAAUACAGGAGUUAAGCAAGGGACAGUUCGAUACCAAUGACGACCGUCGACUUUUUCAGCUCCUUGUACCCAAGCGUGCGUUGCAAUGUCCGCCACUUCUUCACGCGAUAUGCGCAGUCGCGGCACGACGAUUAGCCCACGACCCAAAAUACAGAAAUCCUGAAGGGAUAUGCUACCAGGACAGUCUCCUCUCUACGUUAGAUACCACGACUGCAGUUGAAUAUAUGCUAAAAUGCAUACCCUUCCUGUUCGAAUUCCACAACGCUACAGACGAAGCAUAUCAGGAGAACAUCAUCGCAGCCGCCGUGAUCCUGCGUCAGUACGAAGAGAUGUAUGAAGAGGCCGAAACCACCGGUAACAUACGAACCCCAGAAACCAGUGCUGUGGAACAGCGAGCGAACUUCCUUGCCGUCACGCAAGGCAUCAUAGACACCUGCGCAUCGUUGCCGACUUUCGCGAAUAGAACACUAGCGCACGCCGCAUUCUGGAUCGCCGUCAGACAAGAAGUAUAUGAGUCUUUCAUGCGCGAGGAAGCGCCCAAGAUGAUGUUCGACAAGUAUCAUUUCGGCCCUGUGUCGACAGCAAAUAGACUGGUAAUGCAUGCUGCAGAGGUCACGAGAUGGAAUUGGGGAGCAAAGACUGAUGAAGAGUGGAUCAGAUUACAUGUAGAGCAGCAACACUUCAAGGACCGCUAUGCCUCCGACUUGAUGCCCAUCUACUCCCGCGCCGCCGACCCGGCCCAAAAUGAAGCGUUCCCCUCAAUCUGGUACGCGUCCGACGCGCAAAUUGUGUCGGUCCAGCAUUUAGAGCUGGCACGCAUGAUACUCGUCGCCGAAAAGCCCUCUAGUAACACGCCAUCCACCCCUGCGGUCACGCGUGCUAUGCAGCGCAAGGCGGAGGCUCUCGUCCGCGGAAUUAUUCUCAAGCUAUGUGGUAUUGCGUUUAGCAACCCGGCUUGUAAGCCUGCACUGGUCUCAGCGACCAUGGCCAUCUCGCUGUAUGGGGAUUACUUCACGGAUGAGCGCGAGCGCGGGUGUUUGCUGGGUGUGUUUGAGAAGAUGCUGGGGGCGCAUGUAUGGCCUGUGCAGCGGAAGAGGAAGGAGUUAGUGGAGAAGUGGAAGGCGGUAGAUAAUCUAUAA